CGUACACACACACUCACAAACAAAUAUAUAAAUACACACACACUCAUAUAUAUAUAUAUCUAUAUGUCACACGCGCACAGACACAGCAAUCACCACAAAAACCACCAGUCACACAUGAGACCACAAGCAAUUUACGAAGGACGGCCUCAGACCUCUCUCUGGCCAUUCAAUUCUAUUUCUUCUUUGUCUAUUUUUUAAAGAAAUCAAAAAUAUAAAAAAAAGUUGUUGGUGGGCAGUGCUGGAACAAUUACUGUUUAGUUACAGCGACGCAGGGUUCGAAUCUGAGCUGUCCACCACCUGUACUCCGGGCCCCUUCCAAGUGCUCCCGCCAGGAAAUAAUUACGCCAUGUGUCUCUGUAUCAGGGAGUUCGCCCCUACCAGAAAUUAAACGGACCUGUUUUUUCUAGAGGCGAACGAAUAUUUUGAAUGCUGGCGGUAAAUAGUGAGAAGUAUAUUGUGUCUGUGGUCCACGGAUGUUAUUGUUAAUUCAAGGAGUGGACUUAUGAUCAAUCGACUGGCCAGACCUUUCUUUAAUAAACCUACACGAAGCCAUAACACCUAUGAAAGUCGACUCACCCUCUUUACAACGAAGGGCCUAAAGACAGAAAAAUAAAGGACCUUUAAAAUCAACACCUGACCCUUUAUUUUCUUCUUCUAUCAUCGGUCCCAUUAACAGCCGAUACUAAAGGUAAUAACAGGAUCUCCAGCUCACCCAGCUAUACUGAGAACUAAUUUUUGUUUUGAAUCAACAACGAAAUACCAUAAUCUCCUGGAAAUCCGUUGUUUCCCCCCUCCACUAUGCUCCUGGGUCUGUAUUUCCAGACCCGGGUUCUGCUAUUACUGUCCCUAAUUGCUAUUGUCGGUUCUCAGUUCCCGCAACCCCCACCUUAUUGGGAGAUCUGGUCCUCGGCGUUAACCGCAAUUCGGAACAAGACUUUCUUGUCGAAAGAAGCCAGUUACCUCGAAACUGUUUACAAUGAGUUCGAACCCAGCUUCGGCGCGCCCGGACCGAGUAAGGUUCUUCUGGAGAGAGCAGAGAGGCUGUCUUCGAUUGAUAUUUGUGAGAUGUUGGCCUCUUUGGGGAUCAAUACGAAGUGCUGCGCCCAUACGGGAAUGAUUUUCUCUUCCGUCGCCAAGAAAGAAACUUGGGCUUUACAGAUGUUGGAUUCCUUCGGAAAAUUCCCCACUGGUAUUAUGCAGGGAAACAUACACAUGGUCGGAUCUUACGAAGAGUGCCGUGCUGUGAAAGUUGCGAUCCCUGGGAACUACACUGGCCACCCAGCACUCUACCGUCCAUUCGGACCCAAGUACUGCCAACUUAUCUUUCAAGUGAAAGUGGAAGUUAUGCAGGUCCUCACCACUGCCCCUAUUCAAUAUGGUGUAUGCAUUCCGGACACUUGUUCAUCCAAAGACCUUUACCUUCUAAUAAACAAUGGAAUCCACUUGUUACCAUUCAAAAGCACCAAGAAUUACUCUGCUUUGGCCUACUGCGAAGCCGAACCAAGUUUUGAUGGCAAAGCCAUUUUCUCAAUAGUUACCUGCUCUUUGUUCCUGGCGUUGCUGGUCUUUGCAACUCUGUACCAUGUGACAUGCUAUCAAGAUCAGGUGACACAGCCUAAACCUGCAGCGUCGAACUCGACCCGGCAUGGCGUCGUCAUCAAUGCUAGUGUGGACCCUUCAGAUCCAGACACCCAUGCAGAUGAUCCUGACCAAGCCGACACAGUCAAGCUUCUUCCUGUUGUACAAAAGGAACCAAGUCUGCUAGGCAGGAUUCUAAAGUGUUUCUCGGUUUACCAUAAUGGCAGCAAACUCUUGAACACCGACCAGGCUGAAGGAACUUUGAGUUGCAUCCACGGGGUCCGCUUCCUCAGUAUGGCGUGGGUCUUGAUCGGACAUGUCUAUGCAUUUGGCAUAAUAGUAAUAAUGAACCCUACAAUUUCUUACGACAUUAUCAAAGGAUUUGCAUUCCAGGCUAUCGCCAACGCCCUGGUCUCUGUCGACUCAUUUUUCUUACUGAGUGGUCUCCUAGUCUCUUACAGUACCCUAAGGGCCAUGAAAGCCAAUGGAGGCAAGAUGAACUGGUUCUACUUCUACAUCCAUCGAUUCUGGCGUCUGACGCCGCCUUACAUGCUCUUGAUGAUGCUCUAUAUACCUUUGUUCCGAUACAUGGGACACGGCCCCUUCUGGCCCCCGCAGGGACUCGAGAAGGACUUCUGCAAAAAUUCUUGGUAUUACAAUCUUUUCUACAUCAACAAUUUUAUGCCCAACGCCUCAAAAAAUAUGUGUAUGGGAUGGAGCUGGUACCUGGCCAAUGACAUGCAGUUCUAUUGGAUCAGCCCCCUUAUUAUUAUUCCCCUCUACAAAUCGGCUAAACUCGGUCAUCUCGUUGCCCUUCUGCUCCUUGUGGCCCAUUUUGUGACAACCGCUGUCAUAGCAACGCUCAAUCACAGCGCUAUUACAUUUAUAACACAACAACAGUAAGUAGUAUUUACAUAUGGAGAUCAAGAGAUGCUUGUG